AUGGAUAAAAUGAAUAUUAUUCGAACUAAACCAAUUAUUCAUUUGUCAACAUAUACCCUGGAAACUUCGGAUCGUUUUGAUAAUAAUGAUAAAACAAAAGAUAAUUUUGAUGAAAAUAUUCAUGAAUAUAUUCAUCGUAUUUAUCAAUGUUCAAAUCGAUCACAAGCUAUUAUUCUACGUACAAAUGCUUUGAAAUUUAUUGAUCAAUGGCGUUUACAACGUUUAGAACAACUUGAUCAACGUAUUCGAACAGCUGGUCAAUUGAUUUUAGAUGCAUUUGAUGAAUAUCAAAGUAAACGACAAUAUGUUAAAUGUCCACAUCGAUUAAAACAAUCUUUAGAUAUUUCACAUCGUAAAUCUUCAGUAAUUACUUCAAUUACAACAAUGGCAAAAGAUCAAUCUAUUGGUUCAAGAUCAGAUUUAUCUUCAUCAAAAAGAAUUAAUUUACUAGAUGAUCAUUAUCAUUUACAAAAAACAAAACAAAAUAUUGAAAUUUCAAUUGAUAAACUAAAAUCUUCAUCAUCAUCUAUUAUUCCAUCGCCUACUAAUAGAAAUAUUUCAUUGAAUUCAAUCGAUUUUGGUCGAGAUUUUACAUUUGAAACAUUAGCAAAUUUAUCUUCUUUAUCUAAUGAUAUUUCUAUGACUAUUUGUGAAAAUAAUACUCUUAUUUAUUCUCAACAUUCAAAUGAAUUAGUCAUAGUGUCACUUAUAAAUCCAAAACAUAUUGCUAUAACACAAUUGGAUAAAAAUUCGUGUAUUCAUGAUUUAUGUUAUGUUGAUUGGUUAUUUAAAUGUUUAGUUAUUGCUGAUAAACAAAUUUAUUUGUUGGACUAUCGAACAAUAAAACAUGAUAUUAUUGAUACAGGCAUUGGUUAUAUAUGUGGUGCAAUAGAUAAUCAUCGUUGUAUAUUCUAUUUAGUAAAACAAUCAACAUUACAUAAAUAUGAUAAAAAUUCUAUAUUAACUCUUCGAUCAGAUCAAUAUCCAAUUGCUGAAGGAUAUCAUUCACGAAGAAUAGCACUUGAUAAUAAAAAAAAUGACUAUUUAGCUUUAUUAGUUAUUACAAAUGAUCAAAAAAAUUAUAUAUUAGUUUAUUCAACAUUAUGUCUUUCAAAUGGUUAUUUAUAUAAAAUAGUAAUAGAUGAUCAUAUUGAACGACAAUGGAUUUGUUCAAAUGGAAAUGAUGGUUGGCUUAUUCGAGGAACAUAUUCUGGUAGUUGUUUUGAUUUAAAUAUUAAUGGUCUUAAUUCUGUUCGUAUAUUUGAUUGUAAUGAAAUACGAAAUAUUAUUCCAAUGAUAGAUAAACAGCAACGUUUUAUUAUUCGUACUAAUACUGAAAUUUUUGUACUUAUUAAAUAUUCAUUUGUUAACUCAUUUUAA